AUGGGCAAAACGCGCAAACGCAGUGCUCCCUUCACUGGCUUUUCCCGUUUCCUUCAAGCUUCUUUCGACCAGUCCUCUACCCAAGUAAAUGCCCUUCCGACUCCAGCUUGUUCAGGAAGCUCAAAUGAUGCAGAGGUCGAGGUCGAGACCACCGAACCACCGCCGAAAAAGUACAAACCGAACCAAGGUCCUGCUAUUGUGACUCCCAAAGUGUCCCAGCAAAAUGACUUUGGUCCUCAUUGGGUUGACAAGUACGAUGCCACGGGCCUCGUCGAACAUUAUACAGAUCCUUCCCAGGUUCCAGAGCACCUCAAAAAAUAUUUCUCACAACGUACACGUUUUUUCUCCCUUUAUUCGACGCCUCCUGGGUGUCUGUUGGACGAGGAAGGCUGGUAUAGUGUAACACCGGAGCUCAUUGCAGACCAGAUUGCCGAGCGGUGUCGAUGUGAUACCAUCCUUGACGCGUUUUGUGGCGUAGGAGGAAAUGCGAUCGCCUUUGCAAAGAUCUGCCAGAGAGUAAUAGCGCUGGAUAUCUCACCCGCACGUCUGGCUUUGGCACGGCACAAUGCGCAGAUCUACGGAGUCGCAGACAACAUCGAGUUCAUCCUUUCUGACUAUCUUUCCUUUGCAAACUCGUGUCUUUCUUUUCGGGAACGAUCCGCCCAUCGAACCAUCGAUGUCGUGUUCCUGAGUCCCCCGUGGGGCGGGCCCUCAUAUCUAGCAGGAACACCAUCUCCAAUCAAAGUCGAUGGCGCAUCCCAGGAUCAGCCAACAGAAUACCCAUCGUAUUCAUUGGCGUCAAUCCAGCCAGUCCAUGGUGCUGACUUAUUUCGUCUUACUCGUCAGAUUACGCCCAAUGUGGCUUACUAUCUCCCAAGAAAUACCGACGUGGAAGAACUCGGGGCGCUCUUGGACGACAGUGCGCAGACGAAGGAACAUAUUGAGGUGGAGGAAGAGUGGAUGGGGUCAAAACUGAAAGCUUUGACAUGCUAUUUUGGAGGUUUAGUUGAAGGCCAAGGAGAACUACACGAAACUUUGCCUGAAUUACAGCUCUCUGUUCUUAAAGCCGACAACUCUGUACUAAAUUUCAUCGUCAUUCUUCAGACAGACUUUUUAGACACCCUCACCGACUCCUUCACCUUGAUAAUGUCUUCUCAGUGCAUGAUGGCAGCUAUGGCGCUUGAAUAUGAGGCAUCUACAUCAUUGGCAUUUGGCAGACUGCUCAAAGAUCUCUACAAGUUCCGCCAAAACGGGGACAUUACGAUGACACUGUCACCGCAUCAGUUCAGGAGACUGGAAGUGGCGAAUGAUUACGAGGCGUACGCGAUGUGGCAGGCUGACAGACAAAGAUCUCGGUCACUUUGCUUUAAGAUCUAUAAGUAUCCCGAGAUCGAUGUGCCAAAGAGGAUACUAAGCGGCGCUUACUGCGAUAAAGCACAACUCUGAACAUGCUUGUCGACACCAUGGAGCUCUCAGCUAGCGAGAUAUCCUAUCCAAUCAACAGCGAUGAAUAGUAUUAAAGCAAUUCUCAACAAU